CGACUUCUGUCGUAGGUAGUAUGUAGUGCAAAUCAUACAUCGUAGUGGUAUUUGACUAUUUGCAAAAAAACAAUAAUUGUUGCGUUUCUUCAAAGAUUCUGAUGACUGAACUAUACUAAAAAUAAAUCAACUAUGAGCGGACGAUAUCGGGAUUACGACAAAGGGUCGUCUCGAUCCACGCGCGAUGAUUCUAGGCUGUACAAGGACAGGCGCGAUGGCCGGGACAGAGCUGACCGUAGACGUUCGAGGUCGCGCUCCCCGCGGCGGUGGUCCCCAGCGCACAGUAGUACUAGCAAUGACGACUUCUCACCCGGCAAAUCUUCCAAUAGCAAAGAGAAAGAAAGAGAUAGGAGGCACUAUGAAGAGAGGAGUCGUAAACAUUCAGAAGAAUGGGAUGAGCCUGAAGAUGUGCCGGCACCUCCCCCACCUCCUCGCAUUACGAAAAUAUCAAUUGGCUUCAACAAACCAAAAGCUCCUAUCAAAAUGAACAUUGGUGGUCCAGCCAAGCCAGUUGCCAAGCCUACCAUUGCAGCAGUAUUUAAUGCUGACGAUGAUGAUGAACCUGAAGAAAUGCCUGCAGAGGCACGUAUGAGGAUGAGAAACAUUGGAAGGGAAACACCUACGUCAGCAGGCCCAAAUUCAUUUGGCAAAACAAAGCAAGGUUUCUGUGAUGCCAAGAAAGUUUUUGAGAAGAAUUUGAAGCAAGCACUUGAGAUGGCAGAUAAGCCGCCUAUGCCUAAAUUGCCACAGACUAUAUACAAGCUAGCAGGCCCUUGAUGUUGAUAUAUUUGAGGCAUUUGACUGCUUACAAGUUACUGCAGACAGCUUCCAGGAUGUUGCACAGUUAGCUGACCAAAUAGUUUGGCUAAUAGCCAUAUACAUUUGAUUUGGUAAUGUAUACAGUUACUUCUAAAGUUACUGGUUGACAGGUGAUACAGAUACAUAAUGGGAGAUGAUAUUGUCUCAUGUAACUUGUUUGCUCAAGCCCUAAAUCAGAUUUGCUUAGUUUAGUGACAAUUUUUUCAAUUGUCUGUCAACUUACCUGAGAGCAGUUUUAGAAAUA